GAAGUGAAGGGAUAAAACUGGCCGGGGAAGGCCACGCUGCAAAGAAUGGUCGAUUCCAAGGUUGGCUAGAGCUCAUGAGCUGACAAAACAUUAACACAAAGCUAUGCUACUCCUUGUUCACCCUUGUAAGUCUUUCUCUUCUCCCGACUCACCUCCACUGCUUAACAACUUCAACACACUCACGCUGACCUCCCCAGCCUACUCAAUUCCAAAGCCUCCAAGUUAUACCUCAUCUGGGUUUCGUAAAAGACUCGUAAUUUCCAAGAAGGCCAUCACUUUUUGCUCUAGGAAUGAUGUUUUUGAUGUUUUUCCGAGCACCCAUUUGGCCCAUAAGGCCAACGGAGUUGAGAUGGAAGAUAAUGAAGAGCUUGAGUUGCUGAACAAGCCUUCCCCAGUUCCUAUGGAGAAUGGGUCUGCUUCUGAAGUAGAUAAAGAAUCUGUAAAAAACGAGGCUUUAGCGCCCUUUUUGAAGUUUUUCACUCCAAGAGAUUCUAUGGAGGAAGUAGAAGACAAGGGAGGGGUUGAAGUAGAAGUGUUUGAGGAGACAAGUGAAGUGGACGAUGAGCAUGAGGAGGUUGAAAAGGUUAAGGUUGAGUACUAUGAACCGAAACCUGGUGAUUUUGUGGUUGGUGUUGUUGUUUCGGGUAAUGAGAAUAAGCUUGAUGUGAAUGUGGGGGCAGACUUACUGGGUACAAUGUUGACUAAGGAGGUGUUACCUUUGUAUGACAAAGAGAUGGAAUACUUGCUUUGUGAAACGGAUUAUGGUGCCGAGGAAUUUAUGGUUCGAGGGAAGAUGGGAAUUGUCAAGAGUGAAGCUGUUCGUGGAGCACCAAUGCCAGGGAAGCCUGUUGUGGAAACUGGAACUAUUUUGUUUGCUGAGGUUCUUGGGAGAACGCUCAGCGGUCGGCCUUUGCUUUCAACUAGGCGGCUCUUCCGCAGGAUUGCUUGGCACCGAGUGAGGCAGAUAAAACAACUCAAUGAACCUAUCAGAGUAAGAAUUACAGAAUGGAAUACUGGAGGACUUCUUACGAGAAUUGAGGGUUUGCGAGCUUUCCUUCCAAAAGCUGAGUUAAUGAGCAGAGUCAACAACUUUACAGAGCUGAAAGAAAAUGUGGGAAGCCAGAUGUAUGUGCAGAUCACUCGAAUAGACGAAGCCAAGAAUGACUUGGUAUUGAGCGAAAGGGAAGCUUGGGAAAUGUUAAACCUUAGAGAGGGAACACUUUUGGAAGGGACUGUCAAGAAAAUUUUUCCAUAUGGAGCCCAAGUCAGGAUAGGUGAAACUAACAGAAGUGGCUUGCUGCAUAUCUCAAACAUCACUCGUUCCCGAAUCACUUCCGUUGGCGACCUACUUUCUGUUGAUGAGAAGAUCAAAGUUCUGGUUGUGAAGUCGAUGUUUCCUGAUAAAAUAUCUCUUAGCAUUGCAGACCUUGAAAGCGAGCCUGGCCUGUUUGUAUCGAACAAAGAGAAAUUAUUUUCAGAGGCUGAAUUGAUGGCAAAAAAGUAUAGGCAAAAGCUGCCUGCUGUUCUAUCUCGUAGGUCAGAAUCCCCUCGAACCAAUUCUCUACCGUUUGAUAGUCUAAACAUGUAUGCAAAUUGGAAGUGGUUCAAAUUUGAAAAGUAAUGAAAAUGAAGCCGAGGCUCAAGGUUUUUCCUAUGAUAUUUGUAAUAUGAAGAGGACUGUUCGACUGCCCAUCAUACUUCUCACACAUCCCUUGACCGAAAAAAGAAAAUAUAUGUUGUGAGAUUAGUGUUUGAAAGGUCCAUUCACUUCAUUUACCUCAUGACCUAUUGGUAAAGCUACAGAAGCAAUGCUUAAGAUUCUCAGCAUGAAACCUGAUUAUCCCUUUGGGCAUUCGACUGAAUUUUGUACAUCAUGUAAAUUGUUCCUUCUUAUUUUUAUUGUUCUGUCCUUUCCUUUUGUA